AUGGGCCGGACACUUCCUGUUCCCGUCCCUUGCAAAGUCUGCGGAGAUAAAUCGUUCGGAAAGCAUUACGGAGUUUAUUGCUGUGAUGGGUCCGUCCAAGAAGAACGCGGUCCUCGAAAGGGGUCCAAAGGCUACACAAAAUUUCGCUACUCUCUGGAAAAGAAGAACAGGAAACGAGGUCGACGGUUCAGACACGAGUCGCCGCCUUCUUCCUCCAUGAAUGGCGAUACAGGAACGGACUCCAUGUCGCCACAACCCCCGUCUUCAUCCACAUCCCAAAGUAUUGGCGAAGUACAGAAAGUAAAAAGCGUCGAUCCUACUACAAAAAUUGAGCAAGAUGGACACCACGACUUAAUAAUUAAAUCGUAUUCCGAGCCCAACAAAGCACAUCAUAAAAUUCAUCAUCUUCAUCAAAGUCCAAGUCUCGGGGGGUACGGGCGGAAGCAUGGACUUUCUCCGUGGCGACCUUCUCCCAGUCAAACCACCCCCUUUAUCACGACCAUUUCAAAUUUGUCGACGACGACAAAAUGUGAAAGUAAUCAUUCCUGGAUGUGGCCUAUGCUGCUGAACAAUUCGACAUUUUCUGGAGGAACGCUGACACCUUCGGACCAGUAUUUGCAGGCGUUAGUUGCGCUACAAAAUUGUCCAACUCGCAGCAAUAUUCCGUCCACGGCAAUACUACCGGCACCACCGCAAACAUCGUUGUUUCAAGGGAACUAUAUCCUAAACAUCUUAACCCUGACGAUUCAACAUGCUCGGUCUCACCCACCAUUUGCCUUUUUUGAAAAACGGCUUCAAGACACGAUUUUGCAGACGUGCUGGAAUCAGUUGGUAAUUCUGCACUUGUCUCUGCUUGGACUUCCUCAUUUCUCUUAUGAGGCAUUAUUUUCAAUGGAAAUGGGACCCACGAUUGGGUACGUCGCCCUAAUAUAA